AUGGAUUGGGAUCAUCUAGCUGAGGAACAGGGCCAAACGUAUUUUUUGGCCUGGUUUCAGCUGCUGUUGAAACAGUCGCCCGCCUUGCCAUUGAAACUCGCAAGUCAACAUCGCCAUGGAGAGGCACGCGCGACUGAUGUGACAGAAUUUACGACUGGGGCAUACAAUAUUUGUUGUACGGUCACCUUUGAGGAUGGAUUUCGUGCGGUCGUUCGGUUUCCCAUUUUGGGACGGAGCCGGUUUCGCACCGAGAAGACUAGAAAUGAAAUCUCAGUAAUGAGGUUUCUUUGUCAAAAGACAAGUAUUCCUGUCCCCCUAGUCCUUGGUGCGGGGCGCUGGGGCUGUGGGCCCUACAUUGUCAUGAGCUUUAUUGAAGGGAGUUUAUUAUCCAAACGCCUCGAAAGCUCGCUUUCUUUAGAUGCGACUAUGUCGGGUCCUGUUAUUGAGUCUACUUUACGUGGAAUGGCCCAUAUUGUACUAGAAUUAUCAAAACCAAUCUUCACGCGUGUCGGUACUCUCGUUAAAGAGUCGGGAGUGUGGAAAGUGGCGAACAGACCAUUGACUCUCAAUAUGAAUGAGCUUGUACGCGUCGGAAACAUUCCCCCGGAUGAGUUUGCUGAGCAGAGCUUUGAUACUGCCAAUGGGUACUUUCAAGAGUUAGCAGCCCAGAAACUUCUUCACCUUGAAUAUCAACGCAAUGAUGCCGUGGAAGAUGAAAAUGACUGCCGAAAGCGAUACAUAGCUCGAUGUCUCUUCAGAAAGAUCGCCCAGCAGUUUUCUACGGACAAUUCAGGCCCUUUCCAUCUUUACUGUGAUGACCUGCGCCCAUCAAAUGUGCUGGUUGCAGGGGACGAUCUUACAACAAUGGGCGUCAUUGACUGGGAAUAUACAUAUGUGGCGCCUGCAGAAUUCACCUAUGCUGCUCCAUGGUGGCUUCUGUUUGAAGCCCCUGAGAAUUGGGAGCCUGAUUUGAAUUUAUUUUUACAUAGGUUCACUCCACGCCUUGGACUUUUUUUGAGUAUUCUCCAGUCUAUCGAAGACAAGCAGAUUCAGAUGCAGUCAAUGAAUGAAUCCCAGCGGCUCUCAAAGAAGAUGGCACAGUCUAUGGAAAAUGGGGUCUUUUGGUUUUGUCUUGCCGCAAGAAAGAGCUACAUGUUUGAUGAUAUCUAUUGGACAUUCCUUGAUCAAAAGUACUUUGGUGAUGGAUUGCUUGAAGACAGACUGUCUCUUCUAUCGAAGGAUGAAUUGGAUCAAUUGGAAAAGAUUGUGCCACUGAAGAUGCAGCAAGUUACGGAAAAGCGCCUUGAAGAUCACUUGACGUACGAUGAGUUUGUGGACCUCUAG